GUGGAAGUGGAUGAGAACGGGAAGAUCGUGGAUGCCCGUUUCAAAACUUUUGGUUGUGGGUCGGCGAUUGCGUCAAGUUCGCUGGCGACAGAGUGGGUUAAAGGAAAAACGGUUGACGAAGCGUUGAAAAUCAAGAACACGGAUAUUGCUAAAGAACUCUGCCUUCCUCCAGUCAAACUGCACUGCUCUAUGUUGGCUGAAGACGCAAUCAAGGCUGCCUUGGCUGAUUACAGGUUGAAGCAGGAUCCAAACAAAGAAGAGUCAGAGAAGAAAGCAAACAACGCCUAAAAUGACUGUAAAGCUUGUUCUCAUUCCACUUAAAUUUGCAGUGCAAUUAUUCUAGCUAUUAGUAGGAUCCUGCGCACUACUAAAUGAAGCUGUAAAAUACGCACAACUUAUGCACAAUGUGUCACUGUUCGUGUGUGUACAGCCACUCUUGUAGUGCUUACACGACUGGGAUGUGGGUGUUUCGGCAGCCUGUGUCCUGUCACGACUGUGUUUGAAAUCUUAGAGUGAAGAAGACUGCUUAACUGCAGAGAACUCGGUGGCUUCUCUGGAGA